AUGCUAGAUUUUCUAAAACGCGCCUUGUGGAAACCACGCGCAAAGGUCUACGGUCUAGACCAUGCCGUCCUCAACAUCCAGCUCUCACAGCAGAGUAUGUGGAUGAAUAUGGGGUACUGGGAGAACACAAAUGACUUCCCAGAAGCCUGUCAAGCACUCCUAGAUCAGGUUCUCACGGCUGCGCUAUCAACAGAGAAGGCAUCUGCUCUGAGAAUCCUGGAUGUCGGAUGUGGGUGUGGUGAUCAGUCAUUGUAUCUGACAAAGAAUUUUCAUGGCUCUUCUUAUACAUCCCGGUCCGGCCCUGAAUCUAGGACUGAGACAAGUACGGCCAUCCCUGGCUCUGUCUCUAGUACUCAAUCAGAUACCCAACCAUCGGAGUUAGGCCUACGGUCUCGCCAUAGUCAGGCCAAGCUACAAUCCCCGUAUUCGCUACCCCUAGACACCUAUAUUGGAAUCACGCUGGAGCCAGCGCAGGCUGCGCUCGGCUCACGCCGCAUUCAAGAUAUGCAGAGAGAGAGCGAGGACUGUAUCAAGGCAGAUAUCUUCUGCGCAGACGCUGCGGUCCCGAGCUCUUGGUCCGGGAAGUUGAAGCAAUCAAUCACAACUCUUGCAGAUGCGUCAACCAAACAAAAUGAAAAUGACCACACAUCUACCUGGCUCCUGGCCUUGGACACAAUGUAUCAUUUCCGCCCUUCACGCCUACCUCUCUUGGCCUAUGCACACGAUUCCCUCAAUGCUUCGUUCAUGGCCUUCGACUUAAUACUAUCUAAUAGCGUAACAUGGUACGAAAAGAUCCUCCUGCGCCUCGUGUGCUGGGGGACUAACUCGCCGUUUGGGAACUUCGUUUCCGAGAAGGAAUACGUGGAACUGCUUGUUGCAGCUGGGUACAAUCCUGCGCUCAUUGAGAUCCGAGAUGUCUCACAACACGUUUUUGGGGGCUUGGCGGGCUUCAUUAAGCGCAGGGUUGAGGAGGCCAGGCCGUUUGGGAUUAAAAUGGGGAAGUAUCGCGCAGCGAGGUUUGCUUUUCAGUGGUGGGCCAGGAGGGAGGUUGUUAGGGGAAUUGUGGUGGUCGCGAGAAAGGAGUGA